AUGCCCGCUUUACCCUACGAAAUAGUCAUGGCAGACGAAGACUAUGCCAUGGGAGAUGACUCCAUCAUCAAUUCGACGGAGCCAAAUGGGGACCAUGUACUGGACACCGUGAACCCGUCUGAAGUUUUUGCGAACAUCAAAGGCCCACCAUUAUCUAAAAGAGAGCAACUCCCCUUUCACAGCCCAUCGAAGAACCCCUCAUUUCUGCAACCUAGUACCACGCAGAGCCAGGCUGGAUCACAUCGAACGACAAAGUCGCCGAGUGGCUGGUCGGAUAAGAUGAGCAUGUCGCGCCCCACUCCUGUUAGGCGAUCAAGUCCGCAAGUUCGCAUACCCCCAAAACCGAGAUCAUCGAUUCUUCCAUAUGCGACGAACAAAACAGGCCUCGUCUACGACUCUCGUAUGCGCUUUCACGCCGAGCUGCCUGACAUGGAUCUCAUUGAUGAUAUCCAUCCCGAAGAUCCGCGUCGUAUUCACUCCAUCUAUGAAGAGAUUAGGCAAGCUGGUCUACUGGCGACUAGUGAUUUAGACGAAGACCAAGAAGACAAGUGCUGGAGGAUCAUGACGCGCUUCGCUACGAGACCAGAAAUCCUUCUGAUACACACGGAAGAGCAUUACGCAUUCGUAGAGUCUUUGCAGGACAUGACUGUGGAAGAUCUUAAAAUGGAGGCCUCCAAUCGCGACUCAAUUUACUUCAACCAUGCGACCUAUGAAUGCGCCAAGCUCGCAGCUGGAGGAGCCAUCGAGGCCUGUAAAGCGGUAGUACAAGGAAUCGUGCGCAACGCAAUCGCCAUCAUUCGUCCUCCCGGGCAUCAUGCCGAAACAGAUCAGGCUUCGGGAUUCUGCAUCUUCAACAACGUUCCGAUAGCUACCCGGGUCUGUCAGAAUGCAUAUCCGGAAACUUGCCGUAAGGUCUUGAUCUUGGACUGGGAUGUUCACCACGGUAAUGGCGUCCAGCAUGCCUUUUACGAGGAUCCAAACGUACUCUACAUAUCGCUGCAUGUCUACAAAGACGGAAACUUCUACCCCAACUUGAAGGACGGUAAUCUUGACUAUUGCGGCAAAGGUCCUGGUGAGGGGAAGAAUGUGAAUAUCCCUUGGGCGGAACACGGCAUGGGCGACUCAGAAUAUCUCUACGCUUUCCAGGAAAUUGUCAUGCCCAUUGCUACUGAGUUUGAUCCGGAUCUUGUCAUAGUUUCGGCCGGUUUCGAUGCAGCCGAAGGAGACCUGCUGGGCGGUUGUUUCGUCACACCAGCGUGUUACGGUCACAUGACACAUAUGCUUAUGCGACUAGCAAAGGGGAAAAUCGUGGUGUGCCUCGAAGGCGGUUACAAUCUCAGAUCAAUAGCGCGCUCGGCGCUAGCCGUGACGAGGGUACUCAUGUUGGAGCCGCCGGAUCGCCUGAACGAGGAUCUUCCAGCCCCAAAGGAUAGUGCGGUUUACGUCAUAGAGAACGUGAAACGCCAGCACUCCAAGUACUGGAAGUCCCUCUACCCUAAACACCUGGACAAAACCGACCCUGGCUACAAAGAUACAUAUCGAUUGCACGAAAUCAUCCGCGAAUGGCAGAGUCAGCGGCUGUCAUCAGAACACUCCAUGGUUCCUCUUCCUCCACUCCAAAUCAACAAGGCUGGCUUAUCCCAGACGUUUGAACAUAAUAUUAUUGCAACACCAAAGUUCAUGGACCGGUAUCCUCUCCUCGUGAUUUUUCACGACCCGCCGAGCUUCCAAGACCACACCGAUCCGGUGACUGGUAAGAGAGAACUGCACAACACAUGGCUUACUGAUGUUACGAAGAGGUAUAUUGACUGGGCCAUCAACAAUGACUUUCAAGUCAUUGAUGUCAAUAUUCCGAGAGUCGUUGCAGUGGAAGACUCGAUCAUCGGCUACACAAGAUCCGAUGAUUCCGCAGUCCGAGCGCAGCAAACCCGCGAGCUUGCAGCGUAUCUGUGGGAGAACUAUAUUGAACCAAACGAGGCGACGCAAGUGUUCUUCAUGGGUAUCGGCGAUGCGUAUCUUGGACUUGUUGAUCUACUGAGCCACAACGAAAACUGCACCGAUCCGGAUAGCCCAGUCGAGUGCUUAAUCGGAUUUGUGGGAGAAACAACUAUUCAGUCCAUCAAACGAGCAACGGACGACACCAUUUCCAGCUGGUACUACUCCCACUCUAUGAUUUUCGUGAAGAACAGCCACUUCGUCUGGAAUCCGAGCCGUCAACGCAAGAUGCGCAAGAAGCUUGGCAACCUUAUCCAAUCGCCCAAGGACAGUUUAGACGAUAUGCUCGAGCAGCAUUUGGAUGAAGUGCAAAGCCUACUUUUGGAAAAGAAGAGCGAGUUUGAAGAGAUGAAUGACAUUUCCAGUCGUACUGACGAGGGGCCGCAGAAUACGGUCGCAGGGCUGCGAAGCCCGCCUGUAGCGAGCGCGUCACACACAUCUAGGCGGUUUGAGCAAGAAGCCGCCUCGAAUCUGUUAAAGAGCCCUAAGAUGCCUCAAAUGGGCUUGUUCAGUGCGAGCAGUCCUCGGAGUCCCGUCAAAAGGCCACCCUUUUGA